CCGGAAGUAGUACUUUAAACUCUGCUGAGGUCUUGUGCAGCGUUAAUAGUUGUUGUAGUUCAUCGAAAUAGCGGCAGAAAACUGUUUUGUUUUAACAAUUUUAUCCGAAACAAUGGCCCACUACGAAGAAGUUAAUGUUCAUGGGUAUAGUGAGUUCUGCAAGGCUGUGUCUGAACGGAAAGGGAAGGACAUUUUCGCCUAUUUCUCUGGUGAUAAAGACGCUGAGGGAAAAAGCUGGUGUCCAGAUUGUGUGAAAGCUGAGCCGUUUGUAAGAGAAGAGUUGAGCCACCUUCCAGAGGGAUCUGUCUUCAUAUACUGUCAAGUUGGAGAAAGAACUUAUUGGAAGGAUCAAAAUAAUGACUUCAAGAAAAACUUGAGCUUGACUGGAGUUCCUACUCUGCUGCGAUAUGGCACACCUCAGAAGUUGGUGGAGGAAGACUUAUUCAAACCAGAACUGAUCAGGAUGAUGUUCACUGAAGACUGAACGAUCCCCCCCAUGUCCAAAUCUCAUAAUGAAGCAGAUAUUUCUUCGUUAAUUAACAGCAACUUAAAUUUUACAACAUUUGAUUUAUGCUCUCAUAAAUGAUUUGAUAUUAAUAUAAAUUUAAUUUGGUGGUGUCAGCCAUGUAUGUUUAUGAACAAAUCACAAAGCAGUGUUUACACAGGUGAUCAGUCAGCAUAGGAAUAUAUUGAAGGACACCUUUAAAAGUUUACACACACACUAAUAUACACACACUAUUGCAAUAAAAAAACUUGUCAUGAUUUUUGCUAAAUAUGUUAUCUUAUGGAUGAUGUUGAAUAAAAGAAAACUUAAUUUUGA